GGUAGGUCAUCAGUCCAGUGGCGGCGGUGGAGUAGACAGACGUGCCUCCCUCCCUCCCUCAGCUAAAUCCACUGCACACUGAAAAUUUGUCCAUCUUCUCUUCAAAGUUAAAUUUGCCUUAACCCGAUAAGAGAUAAUUAACAAAUACGGGCACAGCGGCAAGAGAACAAGAGGUUAACAGCAGCAGCCUAGAGCUCAGGGUUAACAACAAGAUGCGUCGUGCAGUGGUGGUUGUGGUGUUGGCAGUGUUGGGUUUGUUGGCAGCAGGUCAGAGGAUCCAGACAGUGGAGGUGGCCAACUCGAGGUAUUUCAUCUCCAACGCGUCGCCCUACUCCCCGCAGCUCAACUGGUUCUUGGCUUACGAGUAUUGCCGCACUAUUGGCAUGGAACUCCUCAGCUUUGAGAGGCUGGAGGAAACCAACCAACUCACCGACUUCCUCAGAAACAACGACUAUAUCACAAGUGACUACUGGACAAGUGGUAACCAGCUGGGGUCAGAGAUGUGGAUCUGGAUGAGCACUGGCCAGCCCUUCAACACAACCUUCAACAACUGGGCAGCUGGAGGUCCUCCUCUUACCAAGUCCCAACUGUCAUGUAUGAGCACUGAGAGAGAGACCUGGUCAGCACAAAACUGCAUGGAUGCCAAGCACUUCAUUUGUGAACAGACCCGAUGCUUCUACUAUAACUACGUGACAACCAACCAAGGAACACCUCAGGGGAACACAACCAUCUUACCUGGUGUCACUCAAGUCACAAGCAGACCACCUCUUCGCCCUGUCAGACCACUGACACACAUAGCAUCUCACCAGUCAACAGUGAACCACAGGCAGCAACAACAAGCACAACCUAAUCCCAGUGAAGAUUCACCCUUUGUUUCUAAUCAAUCAGAAUUUUCUGAAAACACAGUUUCAAUCUCAUCCCUUAUCACCACCACUCCUACGCCCCUGAAAGAAAUGACACCAACACCAACAAAUAUUAAGGUCAUGGUCACACCGUCUCCUCUGAAAAUAAUGACACCAACACCACCAAAUAUUAAAGUUAUGGUCACCCCCACUCCUGAACAGGUCACCAAGAUAAUGUCCCCCACCCCUGAACAGGUCACCAAGAUAAUGUCCCCCACUCCUGAACAAAUGACCAAGAUAAUGCCUCCAACAGCACCACCACAGGGGCAGUUAAAGUUGAUGUCCUUGAUAAAUGUGAGCCUGGAGAAUCCUGAUAAUGCAACCUUCAACAAUGAGAUCAUUCCCACUGAUCUCAUUCCUCACCUUCAACUGCUGCAACUUCCAGUUCAUGAGUUUACCUCUGUGGAGCCAGACACAGUGAACAAAACACAACACUACACGCAACCAUCCUCAGUAGGAAGGAAACAUUUAGUUGGGCUCUUAAUGAUGGCAGCUCACAGUGAUUUUAAAACAUAUACUGUAUGUAAUGUUGUGUGGUGUUCAUUUAUCAUCUAUGUAGUGCAAUAUAUUAUGUACUAUUGUUACUGUUUCUCAUAGUUCCAAUAGUUUAUUAUCAUUCAUCUUGUGUAAUAAAUUGUAUGUCUGUG